GUCGCCGCCACGUCCUGCGCGCGCACCCCAAACAAACCAGCCAGGCAAGGGCAGCAGCGGGUGACAGCGUGGCAGGAGAUGGGAUGCAGAAGAGCUUCCAUGGUGUUGCAGAUGGAUGCCUAGGCUUGCAGAGAAGGGCAGGGGUCAGCUGCAUGAGAUCCCGGCCGCCCGCCAGGGUGAUCCAGCCAUGCGUAAGUACCAGCAGCUGGCCCUCACCAUUGUGGCCGUGGUGAGCCUGGUGGCCUUCCUCUUCUACAAGCAUGAGUAUGAGCGCCUGCGCUACACCCUGGAAUACUUGGACACUUUUGGGCAGGCUCCAGGUGACGGUGACGUGCUCCGCGUACCCUGCGGCUACAACACACACCCAGCGAUCUCUUCGCCCCCGUCAGACUGGGUGCAGGUGACCUCUGACUUAGAAGUGUACUCAGCCUUCCUGGAGGGUGAGGGUAUUGUGGGGGGACAGCAAAUCAAGGUUAUAGGAGCUGUCAGGAAGAGUACUGAGGUGCCAGCGGACUUGUCGUGCCUCGUGUGGUUUGACUCCCGUGGAGAAGUGGCGUCAGGGUCGUGCAGUGUGCAAUUUCCUUCAGACCGUAUCCAUGGUCACUAUACAGAGGAGGAGGAUGUUGGGGUGCUCUACCUGCUGUGUAGUCCCCAUGACAAACGACUCAUGCUCACCCAGACUCCGUAUGCCCUGCAGCUAAAGGUGGGGACAGGGGAGCCAUCCCAGCCUUUACUUGUGCAUGAGGCAGAGACCUUUAAGAGCACGGCCAACAAGACAGCAGUGUGUGUGGUGCCCCCAGAGCAGCCUGUCACCUCCCUCCAUAUUGUGGAGUUCCUGGCAUACCACCACCUCAUUGGGGUGGACCAGUUCACACUCUAUGGUCCAGUGCUCACCCCACUCACUCGGCGCCUACUUGACCGCUUCGGGGAUGAGAUGGGACUGAUGCACCAGGAGCUGCUCUUCACCACCUCCCGUGGCUUUGCUCUGAGUGGGCCAGUGGUACGGCGUGCUGUAGAGCUGGACUGUCUUCAUCGCCACCGGGAACGUCAUGAGAAUGUGUUGGUGCUGUCACUGGAACAGUUUGUGGUGCUGGGCCGCCGCAACAACCUACAGGCUGUUAUUAUUGACAUGGAGGGCGUGGGCCGCUCACGGCGGGAGGUGGCUGAGUUCCACUUGUCUUCCCAGCCAGUGUGCCUCGACCAGCAGCACACCCGCCGCGGUACACUGAUGCUAUCGCAACAGGUUCACACUGCCGGCACUGCGAAGGAGGCAGGUGUGGCCCUUCUGCGACCACAUCUGUCAGCUGCCUUGGCCUCUGGUGAGAGCACUGCCAAACGUCAGCAUGUGCCUCCUUCUGUGGCAGUGGUUCAUCACUACUCCACCUGCUCCCCUGCUGCUGCUGCCACACAUGAGGACACGCACCACCUGCCGUCCAACAAACAGAUUGUGGCCAGGAUACAAGAGUCGUUACUUUACCGCAAGUGGACCAUCAACUCGUAGCUUUGGGAAUGCAUGCAGAAGUUCUUACUACAUUGCGCACAACUGCUCUGGUCACAUGGGGGAGAGCUUCUAGCAGCAGCGGGCGGUGCAGCACUGCCACCACACGCAGCACCCGGAACAGCCGGCUGGAGCUCCAGGACACGUGUCGCCCCACCAACUCCCGUAGCCUUCCCACCAACAC